UGCUCUCCAGUAACUAAUGUCCUGUUUCUUAAGACGCAUAAAACAGGGUCGUCCACAGUAUCUAACAUUUUUUUCCGAUAUGGCGACUCCCGAGAUCUUUCAUUUAUUCUUGGUGGAGACACACUCAUUGGUUGGCCAAGACGCUUUAGAAUUGAACAUACCUUGAAACGUAAUAAUCUACAGCCAAAUUUUCUUUGUAGUCACACGAGGUACAGUAAGAAAACGAUGAAUUACCUUUUUCCAAAAAAUGGCAGUAAAUAUAUCACAAUCCUUCGAAACCCAGUUGAGCAAUUUGAGUCUGUUUUUAGCUAUAUGGGGCUCAGUAAAGUAUAUAAUCUAGGUGCUGACCCCACACAAUCUAUUAAACAAUUUCUCAGGAAAGGAAUAGAAUUUAAAGAUAUACAUAAAACUCAGUCGUCAGUUUUAGCCAGAAACCCAAUGAUGUUUGAUUUGGGUUUAGACCCUCAGUUUUAUCAGAAUGCUACAGCAGUGAAGAACUACAUUGCAUUUUUGGAGAAGGAAUUUGACCUAGUAAUGCUUAUGGAGUACUUUGAGGAGUCCGUGGUGCUUAUGAAGCGCUUGCUUUGCUGGGAACUCAGUGAUGUUCUACAUAUUAAAACAAAUGAGAGAAUAGAUAAAGAAAAAGCUGCGUUCAGCGUAAACAUGAGGGAAAACAUACAACGGUGGAACAAAGCUGAUAUGUUGCUCUAUGAUCACUUCAACAAGACUUUUUGGAAUACAAUAAAAUUGGAAGGUGAAGGGUUUUACAAAGACCUUGCAGUUUUUCAACAAAUGAAGAACGAAAUGGAAAAGACAUGUUACAGUGGAACAACACUCCAAAUGGCCUAUCAAGGCAAAUAUGUGAAGAGCCUGGCUUUGAAUCCAAACCUGUCGCAAGCAAAUAGAGAGAAAUGUGAAAAAAUGACAAGAAAAGAGAACAGUUAUCUUGAGUACUUAAGACGGAAGCAAUCUUUUAAAUCAUCUGGACCUAUGAAGGCAGUAUUAAGAGAGGAAAAUGAACCUAACAAGCUUACCUGGGAUGCGGCAAAAGAUCUUCGAUACGAUCCCCUACCACUUUGA